AUGAGCGGCCACCUAGAGAACAAGAUCGUGGGACAUCAAAAAACAGUUUCAGUUUUUGCCUGCAAACUUGUUAUUGCCCUGCUUUUGUCAUUUGUGACUCUGGGAGAAGCAAGGAAGUCAUUUCUCAGUGUUCUGAAUAUAUAAAAGACUGAAAUGCUAUUUUUCAUAAAGACUGAAGAAACUGUCAUUGUAAGAUCCAGUUAUGGAGAAAAUUGGCCAAACUCCAGCUAUCUCUUCUUGCAAUUAGAAGAUCUUAAACUGCUGCAAGUGGUGAAUGUGACAAAAACCUUAUGAAACCUUGCGACAGAUGAAGAUGGAAUGACAAAUUUGACUAUUCAACUAUGGGAUUCUGAAGGUAGGCAAGACUCAAGAAAUAACCUUAAAGUGCUUAAAGAAAAAGAUUGUCUUUUCAAGGUGUCAAUGCAUAUUGAUUCAAAUGUCCAAUGCUUAUUCUACUGAUGUGCAUUUGGUUGCAAUAUUGAAUUGCAGUGAAAGAGACCUUUGCCAGUAAUUCUUGGGGGCUUACACAAUUUUUUUCUUAUGCCAUUUUAUGGAUUUCUUUUGACACAGCUUUUGGCAUCACAGGAGGCACAACAUGCUUUUGGAUUUGUAAUGACCUGCACAUGCCCAGGAGGUGAGGUCUAUUUCUUUGUUCUGCUUCUAGAAAGAGAUAAUUUGGUCAUUUAGGUAACUUGCACGUUAGUGUUAUUGGCCUUGAUAUUGAUGUUUGCCAAUUCUUAUAUAUACAGUAGAAUGUUAGGGUUAUCAUUUCAUUUCACAUUUCAUAUUCCUGUUUCUAAAACUAUAUAUACCUUUUUAUACUUUCAUUUGAUACCUGAAAAAGCAAACUACUCGGAGAGAAUAAUUAGAACUCUGAGUUUAAUGUCUGUAGGGAUUUAUUUGACUUUCAGAGUGUUUCUAAAAAUAGUUAACCUAGAGAUGCCUUUAUUGGGUGUCUUAGUUCCUGCUCUGGGUUUGUUGUUUGGGUACUCCUUUGCUAACAUUUCUGUGCUGCCUCUUUCUGUUUGUAAAGUUGCUACCAAAAAUGGGAUGCUAGUUUCUUAGCCCUUGCCAUUAUUCAGCUCUUUUUCAAGGUCCAAGACCGACUUAGCUUCUGUGGCUCCUUUUACAGUGGUCAUGUGUUUUGGUUGUGAAAUGUUACUGUUCCUUCUGUUCUACAAGGCUAAGAAAAGAUGUAUCCUUAUCAUAGAAGAUAAAAGGAGAAAGAAAUCCCUAACAAUUAAAGCACUCCUGAAUUCCUACUCUGAAUGA